UAGACCACCAAGUUGACAUUAAACGCCUGCUGAUUCUCGUUGUAAACUGUGAUGAUUAAAUAACAUCUCUCGUUGAAAUCGUUUUGGUUGCGAUGUCUCUCCGAAAACUGCAUUUGAUUUUUAUCGCAACGAUAACAUUCCGCAAUCCUCUUACCUGAUCCCAGUGACAGUGACGUUUUUGGUUAGUGAUCCUAAUUCGCUCUUCAGGUGCAGGGUAAUUAAAUUAGCAUGAAGUGUGUGAAACUGCUGGGCAACAAUCUAACCUACAAGUACAUAGCCAGCAGCCUGUUCUCGAGAGGGAUAAGGACAUCGAAUGCAUGCCUCCAGCAGAAUCACUAUGAUGCCCUGGAGAUAUCACCGAAAGCAACACAGGCUGACGUCAAAUCAGCCUACUACAAACUAUCCAAGGUGUACCAUCCCGAUAGGAACAAGAACAGUGAGGAGGCUCAUCACAAGUUCAGAGCCAUCUCCGAAGCCUACGAAGUCCUUGGCAACGUCAGGCUGAGACGUCUCUAUGAUAAAGGUGUGCAUCAUAUUUCUGCAAAUUCGAGACCUCAGCCAGCUUACGAAGAACCCGAAGACGAUCCGACGACGAGGUUCUAUAGGUCGAGGGAGCACAGGCACAAACCUCCACCGCCGACGGGUCGGACUCCGAUUUACGAUUUCGAUGAAUGGACGAAAGCGCAUUACGGGGCGACGUUCCAAAAGGACAGGAUGAGGCGAAAGCAUACAGAGUAUAAGCGAGUCGCCGAGGUCGAGGAUAGCAACAACGCGAAGAGGGAUCGCUUCUUGAUUGGAAUGGGCGCAGCGCUGAUCAUAAUGUUCUACAUAGUUUCGGAAUUCGGAAACGCCGACAAAGUUACGUAUCAACGAGGAGGGAACGAAAUACCGUCAGAUUUGAACAGGAAAUAGUGAAAUUUUUUAGUUUAAAUCUAUUUUUAAUUUCUUCUUCUUUCGCGAUGUGAUAGAAAUCAGGUUCACGCCACUCGACAUUCAUUUUACUUGUAUAUAUAUUUGUUAUAAAUAAAAUUUACUUAUAAUUUUAA